AUGUUUAGGUUCAUUGCCGUUAAACGGUUUGCGUCCACUGGUGGAUACCAUGGUUCUAAUCAAAUUUCGCUACCCAGAAGGCCUUUAAAGAAGAUUCGUUUAGGUAAAUCUAGACCUGCAAUUUAUUAUCAAUUUGAUGUUAAAGUAGAACUAAGUGAUGGUAGUGUUAUCACUAGAAGAUCCCAAAUUCCCAAAGAUCAGAUUAGAUUAAUUCAGGAUCAGAGAAAUAACCCAUUAUGGAAUGAGAGUAGGACCGAUUUGAUGGUAGUAGACGCCAAUGCUGGUGGAAGGAUGGAAAAGUUCAAGCAGAAAUAUGGCUCCAUAUACACUGUAGCACAAGGAUCCAAAGUGGAUGAGGCAGAAGCUUCUGAAUCUGUCAGUGCAGCGAGCGAACCAUCAAAAGAAGAAUCAGAGGAAUUCGGGAUGGAUGAUUACCUAAGUUUGUUAAGUGAAAAUGCAGUUCAAGUUCAAAGUGGUGGGAAAUUGGCGACUAAGAAGAAAAAGGCUAAGAAAUGA